AUUAUCCCAAUUAUUUAUCAGGCACGGCCUAUAUUUUGUCCAGCAGCGUGCUGACCCCUCUUCUUGAGGCCGCUAUGCUCACGCCGCUCUUCCAUCUCGAGGAUGUCUACAUCACCGGCAUUUUAGCACAGAAGAUUGGGGUCACGCCUCAGGAUAGUGUAGACUUUUCAUAUUAUACUAAUCCAAGAGAUCCUUGUCUCUACCAGAACCUAUCUGUUGGUCAUGAUAUGGAGCCUCUGCAGAUGUACGAGUUAUGGAACACGUUACACCUGACGAACAUGACCACCUCUUGUGGGCCUGUCACAGCCGCUCAUAUCGGUUACACCUCGCCUCGUGAGUGUAGUGCCUCACCAGAGUCGCACACUCUUCUCUCGCGUUUAUCUUCCUACUUCAAUUGAACUGUAUUCUAUUUCAAUAACUAACGCAUUUAUAGCUAUCAUCAUAGAACAGAGCAGCCCGUUCAUCUCUCUGUGUCGUUGCUCUAAUAUCAUUCACAAUAUCAUUCACUUUUCAUUAUUUCCCAUUUCAAUUCAUAUUCAUCGUUGACGUGAUAUCUAUCAUCCGAUUGUUUUGUUUAUGUUUGCAUUUUUGUCAGCACCGCAACGAGUUUCAAUAGAUGUUCCUUCCCUAUCUCCAUCUUUUACACAACGCUGCUGGCUUAUUGUAAAGUUCAUCAUUUGAAUAUUGCCUGCAAGCAUCAUCAAUGUUACAGUGUAAGGUGUUCGCUCACAGUUUUAACCGCAUCCAACAUACAUCGAGUUGCUACCUAGAAUGACCAUCCAACAUACAUUGAGUAGCUACCUAGAAUGACCAUCCAACAUACAUUGACUUGCUACCUAUAAAUCUAUAAUGACCAUCCAACAUACAUUGACUUGCUACCUUUAAUGACCAUCCAACAUACAUUGACUUGCUACCUAUAAUGACCAUCCAACAUACAUUGACUUGCUACCUAUUGACCAUCCAACAUACAUUGAGUUGCUACCUAGAAUGGUUCACUUGUGAGUCUCGUCUCACUCACUAUGGUAAUAAUGCCCUACGUGAUGAACACACCCCCUAUCUUCACUGAAAAUUUUAUGGUGUUCAACGUUGAUGUUAUAUCACUUCAGAAUCUUUGCGUAAUAUUUUUAUUCUUUUUCGUUGUCGCUCUUGCUUAAUAUAUUUGCUGUUUUUUG